AAAGCGGGCCAGUCGCCGACGCUGGAGAAGGCAGAGAUGGGUUGGCACCCCAUUGGCAGCCCAUCGGCACCCUCCCUUGCUACAAAACCCGGCCGUACGUUCCUCCCAGAAUGCCCUCCCCGCUAGCCCUUCCAUUUACUCGAGUGCUUACCCUCUUCUCGCAUUUACCCUCUUCUCAGCUGGCUUCCCCUCCCGUGUGCGACUUCCCCAUCCCCUUCUAGAACCCCUCACCUCCACCAUGGACGCGUUGCACUACGACUACACCUCCUACUCCGACGCCUCCACCCCGCGCACUCCCUCCCCGCGCACUGACAUGCAUCCUCCCUUCCACUCCCCUCACAACUUUAAGCCCCAGGUCGACAUCCACCUCGCCCGCUCCAUCUUCGACCACCACGGAGACGACAAUGCCAUCGUCCCCGAAACUCAUGCCCUUGAGGCCGCCCACAUGUGGUCCCACCCGUAUCCCUCCUACCCUCAAGCACCAGGCUCGCGUGGUUCCUUGCUUGACGAGCUUUACGAGAACGACCUUCCAGAACACAACAACAUCCCUCAUGACGUUCAUACCGUCGACCACCAUUACCACCAUUCCGCCGACCCUCAAUACCACGGCGGUAAUUGGUCUAAUAUACCCCAGACUGCUCACGCCGAGCACCAUCAUAUCCAGUCCUCCAUGCGCCACGCUCACGAUGUCGCCAUGACCCGACGUGCUACCUUCCCCUACGUUCGACACGAUAGGCCAGAGGUCCUGUCAUACUCACCACAUCCCUUCAUGGGUGGCGAAGAUUCCCUCCACAGCAGCCCUUACAACUCCCGUCCAGGCACCGUCUACGGCGAGCCGCUCCCCAUGGAUGGCUCGCCACAUAUGCACGUCAUGCGAGAUGGUCUACACCACCUCGACGAGCCCUUUGCACAUUCCGUUCCUAUGCCCUACGAUCACCUUGACGGCAUCAAAACUGAAGACUCUGCCUCACUCAUCGUCCCUUCCCAAGCCCAGUUCUGCCGCCCACCUUCAGCAGGCAUGCACCCGCUUCCUUGUCUAUCUCCCCAUGCAGGUCUUCUCGUCCAGCACACAGACGACGCCGCGUCAAAGGAGACGCAAUAUCUCCGUCGACGUUGCUUCAACUGCCAUACGACUGAACCGCCCAGUUGGCGACGUUCGACUCUCAACCCCGGUAAAAUCGUCUGCAACAAGUGCGGUCUCUACGAACGGACACACUUGCGACCGCGACCACUUCGCUUCGACGAAUUGCGAGCGGGGAGCAAGACGAGGAAACAACCGAAAGUCGCCGGUGGUGCUGCGAGUCCGAAGGCGGGCAAGUUGACACAAAUGGUGAAAAAGGAGCCGCGAGACGGUGAGGAGGGCUCGCCAAUGAUUCAACGACGAUCCUCCGUCUCUUCUUCCGCAGGCUCUGUGCAUUCUGGUAGCGCAACGAGCGAUUGGGACGACAAUGUUUCUGUCUAUUCUUCAGGCUCUGCACCACCUUCUUCCUUCAACUCCCCCGCUGUCUCUUCAUUCUCCAUCCCUCGCGACCCGAACUCACAAUCUCCGCCUCUCCCAAGAGAUGGCGGCAUUCGCCUUCCUAACGCACCUCUUUCCGACAUCGCCUCGCUGCAAUCCUCCGGCUCCGUCCCUCCAACGCCCAGGAAAGCUGCCACCGCUCCAACGCCGUUUUACCACGCACAAGGUAGCUUCUACCCUAACGGCACUGCCGCAGCUGGCGAGAGACGCAAUAGCGGUAGCAUUCCGUUGACUGCAAGUCCGCAGAUGCAGACGCAGUCGCCUCAGCUCCAAGCAAUCUCGGAGAUGCCCAUGCCUGAGGUGACGGGGUGGCAGAGUGUACCUAUGAGCGACUUGGCGCCUUCGCCGAGUGGGAGUGUGAAUGGAAGCAACCCGGGGAGUGCGUCUGGUGUCAAGAGUAGGAGCAAUAGCUUGCGUCAGAGUGUCACUGCUGCGUGAGCUGGAGCCUUUCUCGAGGGUCGUGGCUGUAGGUUUCCAUCGUCGUUUUUUGCUGGGUUGUAUCUUCAGUCAUCGUCGUAUGUUUUUCUCGCUCCGCUUCUAGAUAUUCUCCUUUUCUUUUCCUUUUUGUGUUUUUAUUCACCGGCGAACAACAACGUCCUCACUAUUUAUUUCCUCCCCUCUCUUCUCUCCUGCGUUUUUCCUUCCUCCCCAUUAUAUUCUCCUCCUCCUUGUUUGUCGUCGCAAAUACUUGUUUAUUCGCAGAAGUAAAAAGCUCGCUCUUGCCUAUACCGUUGUACACCCCCAUCUUUUUUUUUUUUACCCCCGGCUACUUGCUGCAUUAUUUGAUUCCCCCUCGUCCGCCGUCAACUCUUUUCUGUAUCACUCACACAUAUUUGUUUACCAUGUCCUCUCCGCAUGCACACAACCCAACCUCAAUACACACUCUCUCAUCCAUAACGCAUAUAUAUCCCCCUCCUUCUCUUCUUCUCCCUUGUUUGUGUGAUAUACUUUUUCCUUCUGCGAGUUUUUAUUCUUGUAUAUGCUGCCUUCUUUUUUUCUUAUCCUGCGUGUGCAAAGUCCGUUUCUUGUUCGUAUUGGUUGCUUGGGCUCUUUUUGUUGGACUACCCCAUGGCUGCUCAUAUCUAUUCGUCGUAUACGCUGCAUAUUUUCUCUUUCCCUUCCAACCUUCAUAAAUUUUUACCCUGGCAAUAACACUGUACUCGUAGUCUCAACGUCUGCUCCAUGUCCCCCAAAAACCUGAAUGGAAUCAAUAGAUACAGUAAUUUCCUCUGCUCUACUCUCGAACCCGUUCAUCUGACCCUU